UCUGAACCCAUCGCAACCAUUCCAACAUGUUCAACACAGCAGUUGCUCUGCUCCUCAUCUCAGCUCUAGCCACCAGCAUCUCCGGUCUACCACAAUCCAGCGACUCCGCCUCAGCAGCCGACCUCGCCGCACAAUGUACCACCAUCUCUGGUGGCUGGAAACUAUACUACAGCGGAAGUGGCUCCCUUCGAAAUGAUGCUCAGUACUAUAGCAUUAGUUCCUUCGCCAAAUUCUCCGAUCCAUCUCAGGUGUGUUCAGUGGCGGCCGCGAAGCAAUCAUGCGCAAAGGUUGCCAGUGCAUAUUCAGCGAAGCAAUUCUCUCUGAGCUUCGACGGAGAAUUUAGCGAUCCAAAUGGUCCAUGGCUUUGUCAGGUGUUCAUGCAGGAUAACUCGAGUCCUAGCCUUUUCAAUGAACAGAGUGACAAUGCUCAGUAUGUGUGGGGUUGGACACUUUAGGUGACUCGAUGGUUUGGCAGCAAACAGAGGCAAUGACAGUUGGAACUCCAUGGGGGUUGAAAUUGAGGGAAACAUCAUACGAAAUGCCCAUGUCGGGAUCACUAGAGGCACGACUCUGCCAAGGCUCUUAAGCCCUGUGCUUAGCACAGCCAUUUCAUACCAUUAAUGUAUCAUCAGAACGUCAGCGUCCCAACUCUUUCGAUAUCACACAGCCUGUA